UCCAUGUACAAAAAAAACUUGAGCUCAAGAGUCAUCACAGUCCAAACAGUAGACUCUGAAGCUUCUUUCUUAUAUAUGGAGUAUUGAGAACAGCAAAGGACUGGUGUUGAAGAUGGCUAGAGUUUUUGGCGGGUUCUGGUUUGUGGUUCUUAGUGGGAUCCUAUUUUGCUUUGCCCAAGCCGAUGACCAUUACCUUGACUUCGUUAUAGUGAAUACCAACUAUACAAGGCUAUGUAGCACGAAAACCAUGAUGACUGUAAAUGGCAGUUUUCCAGGACCAGCAAUUUACGCCCGCAAAGGCGAUACGGUGUAUGUAAAUGUUUUCAAUGAAGGAGACUAUGGUCUCACUGUUCACUGGCAUGGAGUGAAGCAACCGAGGAAUCCAUGGUUCGAUGGACCAGAGUACAUCACACAAUGUCCCAUUCCUCCUGGUACUAACUUCACUUAUCAGAUUAUACUUUCUUCAGAAGAAGGAACAGUAUGGUGGCAUGCCCAUAGCGACUGGACACGAGCCACCAUUCAUGGUGCCAUUGUUGUAUACCCUGCUGAGGGAACCACUUAUCCAUUUCCAGAGCCCGAUGGUCAACAAAUACUUGUAUUUGAAUCAUGGUACAAGGAUGAUGUAAUGACACUGAUGGACUAUGCCCUCAAAAAUGGAGGACUGACAAAAUUAUCGGACUCUUUUGCCAUCAACGGUGAACCAGGAGAUUUUUAUCCAUGUUCUAAUGAAACAACAUUCCACAUGCAAGUCGAAUAUGGGAAGACUUAUCUUCUUCGCCUAGUAAAUGCUGCAAUGAACCAAGAUUUCUUCUUCGCCAUAGCUGACCACAAUCUCACAGUCGUUGGAUGGGAUGGAUCUUACAUCAAACCCCUCCCCGUCCCCUACCUUCUGAUAACCCCGGGCCAAACCAUGGACGUUUUGGUCACAGCAAACCAACCAUUAGGAAAAUAUUACAUCAUUGCUAAACCCUACUUCGAUGGACAAGCCGAUGAUUUCGACAAAAGUAUCACUUCUGCAGUUUUUGAGUACAAAGGAAAUCUUGAUGAAUCAAUUCCUGCUUACCCAGUUGCCAUUCCAGAUUACUAUGAUGUAGCUGCGUCGGCAUGGUUUUGGAAUAAAACCAGGAGCUUAGCAAGUCCAGAACACCCUGUUGAUGUGCCUCUGAAUAUCAGUACUAAAAUGUACAUUACACUCUCUAUUAACAUGAUGAAAUGUCCAAAUGACUCGUGUUUGGGACCGGAUGGGAAUCGUCUUGCAGCAGGUUUGAACAACAUUAGUUUCGCGAAUCCAGACAUUGAUAUACUACAAGCAUACUACUGGAACAUGACAAGUUACUUUGAAGCUGACUUCCCCAACAAGCCACCAUCCCUCUUCAACUUCACAUCUGAUGAUUUGCUGACGGACAAUGUUACGUUUUCGGAUCAAGGGACUAAGGUAAAGAUGCUGAAUUAUAACGAAACAGUGGAGAUAACAUUCCAAGGGACUAAUGUGAUGAACUCAGGAGAGAAUCAUCCAAUACAUAUACAUGGUUUUAGAUUCUAUGUUGUUGGAUUGGGUAAAGGAAUUUUCGACAAUGUCACUGAUCCACUGACUUAUAACCUGGAUGAUCCACCUGAAGCUAACACAGUUGCAGUCCCAAAGGAUGGUUGGGCAACAAUCAGGUUUAGAGCUGAUAAUCCUGGUGUGUGGUUUAUGCAUUGUCAUUUCGACAGGCAUAUGAGUUGGGGCAUGGAUGCUGCAUUUAUAGUGAAAAGUGGCGGCACGCCGGAGACGAGUGUCCUCAGCCCGCCUGCAUAUUUGCCUUCUUGUAGUUCUGAUGAGUCUCUGCUUGGCCACAUGAAGUCAGUGUUGCUUAAAGAAAGUAAAUGAAUGAAUUCUUAGCAAGGAAUUGAGCAAGGUGGUGCUAGACAUACAAGACACUACCAUUGUGAGGAAAGGCCUUGCUUUCAGCUAUCAGUUAUUUUCAGGAUUCCAUUUUUGAAUUCAAGUUUAGGUCUUUCAAUUGUUACUUAGGUUAACGAACAUUAUGAUGGAGAAGGAAGGCAAUAUUGUAUCUCUGUUGUCCCUCCAUUAUUUGUCAAAGAUUUUUUUUUUUUUU